AUGUCCAACUUAGAUACCAUUACAAACAACAUAAGGAAAAACCUGGAGAAGGAAAAUAAUAAACCACCACCACAACCAACGCAGUCGGUCGAGAACAUAGAAAAGAAGUUUGACGCGUUGAAGUCGGAAAUUAAAAACCUCGGUGAUAGAUUUAAAGAGGAUGCUGCCACAAAACAACCGCAGAAGCCGAUCCAACUGGGUGAACACCUGCUGCCCAUCACAGAACGGCUUAAAGCAGUAGCAUCAGACAUAAAAUCGCUGAGAGAAGAAAAAAAGGACACCACUCCGACACAAAUGGCACUUAGCAUCGGUACAGAGAUGGCUAUUACUGAGAUGAUAAAGAGUCAGGCGCAGGUCCAAAAGAAUCCAUCAUAUGCACAAGCAGCGAAGAAGUCCCCGGUAUUAAGACAGCCCAACCACACGAUCAUUGUCUCCUCAACCGAUACAUCUAAGACAGGAGACAACAUAAUUAACAUGCUCAAGACGACCCUUGACAUUAAGAACUCAGGCGCAAGGACGGUGUGGCACUUACUCCUGAACUGCCCAAGAUAUCAAGGAUCCAGAAGAGAUCUAGAAAACCUAAUCAACACCACCGUCGACAUGGAGAUCUUACCAACAAUACUCUGUGACAAGAAGACCAGGGAACCGUUCCUCGCAUACGCUGACAAGAUUCUACGGGCAGCCGCAAAAAGAUAUAGCAACGCGGACCGGGAUAGAGCAGCUGAAGAACAGAUCAUCAUCUCCGGUAUAGACCCAACACCCAACUCCCGGCAUAUAGAACCGCCCACCCAAGUCGGUAUGCCUAGACAAAAAAUCGAAAGCAUACUAUCAAUGGGAGAGAGUGGGAUCCCGGGACUAAGAACGAAGAGCGUGGCCCUAUACAUGGACACCCCCUAUGAAAAACUGGGGAUCAGCUUCUGCUCGAACACCGGACCGAACAGCGUAUCUAUUGCACCGGGACUGGCCUCAAUCAUAAAAGGCAACUCAGGGAGAACCGCCAUGAGGAGGAAGAAACUGGAAGCAAUAGAAACUCUGCUCAAGCAAGGUCUGCCCCUGGCUAUCUGUUGUUUCCUUUUACAGGCGCAUAAAACUUUAUCGGAGCUUGCGCUUGCUUUAUUACGUGCUAACUAUAUUUUACGCGCCUCGUUCUAUUAA